AUGUCGAAGUACCUGCGCAUUGUCAUUGCUGCAGUAGUUUCGACAGUUCUCUUCGUGGGUGGUUAUCCAAAAGACGAGGUCGAAACUGCUGAAAGCUUACAGUUCAGAAUAAGCGAGAUCAGGGCUGCCACAAAUUUCUUUUCAGAAGCCAAUAAGCUUGGAGAAGGGGGAUUUGGAAAAGUUUAUCAGGGCAAGCUUGAAAAUGGACAAUACAUUGCUGUGAAAAGGCUUGAAAGAUGUACUAAUCAAGGUCAACAACAGUUUAAGAAUGAGGUCACUCUAAUGGCCAGGCUUCAGCACAAAAAUCUGAUUAAGCUCCAUGGGUAUUGCUUGGAAGAAGGGAAAAGACUUCUGAUUCUUGAGUUUGCACCCAAUGCAAGCCUCGAAGGAUUCAUUUCUGGUAAGAACUUGCACAUUAAAAUUUGUCGCUUCCAUUUCACUGAUCAGUUGUUUGCUACUAAUGUAUCCGUUGGAGAGCUUUGUGCCUCAAACUAUUUGGCAGUACUUUGUAUUAUAUGA